AUGCUGCAGCAAAUUUUGCGUGAUAUGUACAUUGACCCUGAGCUCCUGGCAGAGCUGAAUGAAGAGCAAAAGCAGAUCUUGUUCUACAAAAUGAGAGAAGAGCAGCUGAGGCGCUGGAAGGAGAGGGAAGAAAAAGCACGAAUGGAGGAGGCUGUGCUGAGAAAGACAGCGAGGCGCAACCAGAGUAAUGGCAAACGCGUGCAGUGGCUGCGUGGGAAGGAUGGUGAGGUCUGGGUCUGGGUGAUGGGAGAAGCCCCAGGUGACAAGCCCUACGAGCAGAUAUCCGAGGAGCUCAUAGCAGAGAGAGCCAGGCAGCAGGCCCAGAGGGAGGCAGAAGAACUAUGGAGACAAAAGGAAGCUGAAAUUACAAAGAAAUUCCGGGAUGCUAUGGCUCAAGAAAAAGCCCGAAUAGUGGCAGAAAAAUGGAAAAUAGAAACAGAGGAUCGGAAAGCAGCCAAAUUGGAGGAAGAAAAAAUUCAGGAGGAAUUGAAGAAAAGAGAAGAAGAGGAGAGACAAAAGGGUGAAGAACAAAUCAGGCAGCAGGAAGAAAUCCGAGCAAAGGAGUUGUAUCUGAGCCUCAAGCAAGCUCAGCAGCACAGUCAGCACAGCGACGAUGACCAGGAGUGGGAAGAACAGUUGCGCCGCUCCAAGGCUGCAGAUGAGGAGAGAAGCCACAAAGCGCGCAGGGCGCGGGAUGAAUACCGACGGCAAUCGCUGCGUGCCAUCCAGAAGGGAAGAGUGGCUGGCCUGAGUAACUUGUUCCAGGGGACAAACCUGAACAACGACCAGGAGAUAAAACUGAACAACAAUAGUGCAAGUCCUUUGCUCUCUCUCUCUGCAGCGCCCAGUAACAUCUGGGAGCGUCCAUCCCGACCCUUCUCCCGAGAUGUCAUCAUCCGCUGGUUCAAAGAAGAGCAGAUCCCCCGACGUGCUGGGUUUGAGAGGAACACCAACAGGAUUGCUCAAUGGUUUCAUGGUAUUAUCAGCCGUCAGGAGGCAGAAGAGUUGUUGAUGAAUAAAUCUGAAGGCACAUUCCUGGUGCGAGUCAGUGAGAAAAUCUGGGGCUACGCGUUGUCUUAUCGCCAACAAAGUGGGUUCAAGCACUUCCUGGUUGAUGCUUCAGGGGAUUUCUACAGCUUCUUGGGGGUAGAUCCAAACCGACACGCAACACUCACAGAUCUGAUCGAUUUUCACAAGGAUGAAAUCAUCACAUCAUCAGGUGGGGAGCUACUACUGGAGCCAUGUGGACAGCAGAAGAAUCCACCAGACUACAGCCCUUUAUUUGAAUAA